GAGGUUAGAUGAUUAUUGUUUUGAUUUUUGAAUCUUUAUUAUGUAAACAUCCAAAAUGCCCUUUUGCACAUUUGUACCUUGCAUUACGAUUUAAAAAAAAAUGUCUGUUAAAAUUAUACAAAAAAUUGCUAUUUUAAGGAAUCUACUACUUGCAAGACAGUAUUCAACGCAGCUCCAACAAUUCGUACCAAAACAUAAUCCCUGUUGUGAAACUGAUGUUAACAUUUUACAAGAUUUUCUUGAUCAUUCGAAAAAAGUACUGGUACUAACUGGAGCAGGGAUCUCAACAGAAUCUGGUAUUCCUGACUAUCGCUCAGAAGGAGUUGGACUUUAUGCUCGGACAAACCAUAAGCCAAUUCAGCAUAUUGAAUUCAUCAAAUCGGCUUCCGUGAGACAACGGUAUUGGGCCAGAAACUUUGUUGGGUGGUUCAGGUUCUCUAAAAGUAAGCCAAAUCCGGUACACGUUUUUAUAAGAGAUUUAGAAAUAGAGGAUAAAAAGGUCCAUUUCGUAGUAACUCAAAAUGUUGAUAGUCUGCAUUUUAAGGCUGGCAGUAAAAACGUGAUUGAGCUCCAUGGAACCGCUUACCGAGUUAUAUGCUUAAAUUGUGAAGCAACAUAUGAUAGACAUUAUAUUCAAAAUAAACUUCUUGAGUAUAAUAAUGUUAAUUUUGAAGAUACUGCAAACAUGAUCAGACCAGAUGGAGAUGUUGAGAUUCCUAUGGAUUUUAUAAAAGGCUUCACACCACCAAGCUGUGAAUCUUGCAAUGGUAUUUUAAAACCCCAUAUAACCUUUUUUGGUGACAAUGUACCAAGAGCAACGGUAGACCUUGUAAAGGAAAAGAUGUCAGAGAGUGAUAGCUUGCUUGUUUUAGGAUCUAGCCUAUCUGUUUUUUCAGGUUAUAGGAUAGUUUUGCAAGCCCUAGACGAGAGUAAAAACGUGUGUAUAAUUAAUAUAGGGCCCACCAGGGCCGAUAAACUAAUUAAAUUAAAAAUCGAAGCGAAAUGUGGUGAUAUUUUACCUAAAUUUAAGAGAUAACAUUAUAUUUUAUAUAGUUUAAUUAAAACCAUUAUUUUUUGAAAAUCAAUAAUAAAUGAAUAUUAAAAUUUGUAUAA